UGUUGUGUAGCGGAGAAUGGCGCGCUCCCAAAAGAAUCAGCUGUCGUCCGAAUUACCGCGCCGAGUUCCUCCAUCAGCAUCAACUAAAAUCGAAAAUUUGCACUAAAUGCCUCGAUUUUAAGUGGCACGUAUCGCGUAACGCGUACACCUAUCAACUUGAAAAUUAGCGCAUACGAAACCUCAAAGGUUUACGCGUCGAGUGGUAUAGUUCAAAUGGAAUUUAAUUUGUGACAAGAUCGUAAAAAUCAUUGAUAAAAAAGUGCUUGCAAGUGCUUGCGAGGCCAUUUGGAACUCGCCAUUUUGAGUUUACGCCGUGGUGUCAAGAAAUUUUUCCGGGUGAAUUUUGGCGGUUUAUGUGCAUCUUAGGGAAGGUAUCCGGUUCGCAAGAUUACCAUUGCAAGUUUCUUAUUAGUAUAUUAGCUUCGGACAAUGUCACAGAUGACGAAUGAAUGUGAUUACCUAUAUCAAAAUUCGUCUGGUCAGCUACUCAAAAUUGUCAAAUCAGAAAUAAAACAAGAACGACCUUCCAGCCCCGAAAUGUACUCACGGCAGAAUGAGUCUGUUAGUGGUUACACAUCACACAGUAGAGUUCAAGGCAAUUAUGCUACGGCCAGUUCUUCAUAUAUAAAAAACACACAAACCAGCGGCACACGGCAAAACCCCCAACGAUAUGAAACUCAGGAAGUGGCAAUAAAACGUGAAGACGGUACAAAGGAAAAGUACAUCAUUCAACACUACAAUGCGCCACAAAAAACAAAAGCUCACUCAAGCACACAUGGAGUACAAAGUUCAAAACGACGAAAAGUCGACAAAGUGGGUAAAGGUCUGCGGCAUUUUUCAAUGAAGGUUUGUGAAAAAGUCAAAGAAAAAGGCUCAACAACGUACAAUGAGGUCGCCGAUGAAUUGGUGGCCGAGGAAAUCCAAUCAUGUAAUCAAACAACCGAAACGGCUAAUUGUGAUCAAAAAAAUAUCCGUCGUCGUGUCUAUGAUGCCUUAAAUGUUCUAAUGGCAAUGAAUAUUAUACUAAAGGAUAAGAAAGAAAUUCGUUGGAUUGGCUUACCAACGAGUUCGGUCCAGCAAAUCGAUUAUAUCAAGAAAGAAAAUCAAAAGAAACGGGAACGAAUCGAACGUAAAAAACAAGAACUAAAAGAGUUAAUAUUACAACAAAUUUCAUUUCAAUCACUCGUGGAGCGGAAUAAACAGAAAGAAAGAAAUGGUAUCAUUCCUACACAAAAUUCAUCGAUUCAAUUGCCAUUCAUCAUUGUAAAUACGCACAAAACGACAAAAAUCAACUGCAGUGUUUCGACAGAUAAAUCGGAAUAUUAUUUUAAAUUUAAUGAUAAAUUUGAAAUUCAUGAUGAUGUUGAAGUGCUUAAACGGAUGGGUUUGCUGCAUGGUCUUGAUAAAGGACAAUGCACAAAAGAAGAUAUUGAGAAGGCGAAGUCUUUGUUGCCAAAAGUUUUUGGAAAAUACAUUGAGGCGUACGGGCGAGGCGAAGAUGAUAUUGAAAUGGACGAAUGGGAUUCAGAUUCGAACAUAGAAGUGUUAGAUCCCUCGCAGUCUCGAUCAUUGGAUCAGUCAUCGGAUCAGGUUAGCGUUAUCGAUGAGGAUGAUUGUAUAUCAGAAUCAAGCGAUGUCGAUUGAAGAAUAAAAGUGCAUUUUGCGCUUGCGAGCGCAGUUAAUGCCAUUAAUUUUCAACGUCGACACCGCCGCACAUGUUUAAUAAGAGUAUAAUUAACAAACAAUAACGACUGAGUUGGUAUUGUUACAAUUGCAAUUGUAAUUGGUUAAGAUAAAUAUGAAUAUAUAUUAUUUUUAAUUUUCUGUCGCUUACUAGAUUGUAAUCUAUGAAAUUUUUAUUUAGAAUAUAAAUUGAACAUAAAAGUAAAAUAUAAUGAUUUGUUCUUUUUUAUUUCUUAAUUGUGUUUAUUACAUGUUUUUUGUAUUUUAUCUGUGUAAAAGAUAAAUAGACACGGGUGAAUUUCAAUUUUGAAGUUCCUCCCUUAAACUGUAUUGUUUUGUGAAGUAAUUAUGUUUUCCAGUUAGGAAAAUUCAAAGUUAAAGCCCAAAAAGUGACGCAAAUUUAAUUGUAACAAGGUUAACUCACUUAGUCUAUAUAAUAUAAACGUUAGGAUGAAUUUAAGGUACGUUUGGUUAUCUAGUAUUGUGAUUAUAUUUUCUAAAUUGGCCGAUAUGGAUUUUUUUGUUCUCCAUUCACCAAUAACUUGGCGUUGUUUUUUUCUCGAAGCCACUCAAAAAGUAUGCAAUGUGAUGUGCAUUUUUCUAUAUCGAAGUUUUCAUCACUCUUUUUUUUUGUUCAGACAUUUAUAUAGAUCAUGGGAAAGUACGUUAGUCACAGAAUAAAAAAUAUUGUAAAAUAGAAAAAGGAUUAAUUAAGGCUAUUUUGAUAAGAUGGUCUAAAUAUUCUCAGAGACAAAUGCAAGUAAAACACUUUUUGGCUUUUAUAUAUAAAAUUGUACUUGUUAAUUUUAAUUUUUAACUUAGGAAGUUUCUUUGUAACCAGCAUAGGAUAUGCGCCCAAAAAGAUAUAAAUAUUUCAUUCAAAAUAUAUGCAUAAAUCUAUAAUUUCCUUAUAUUGGUUCUUUGUGCAACAUCGCCUUAUUCGAAAGAAGCGAAAAGUUGCAAGUUUCUAAAUUACAAGAAAAAUCAUAUUUUUA